AGACAUGCAUUGCAGCAUUCCUCUUUUCUUACUCCCUAACCAACCCAACCCUUUGGCAUUGCUCCAUUCACAUUUUUUUACCUUUCUAAUACACAUAUAUUCAUCAUGGUCCGUAGGAAGAUCACGUCAAAACGAGUACCUGCUAAUCACAGGUACAAGAUUGAGAAGCGCGUUAAAGAUCACCAUCGCAAGAUACGCAAGGAAGCCAAGAAAAAUCCAAGAGCCUCACACAAGAGUAAGAAGGAUCCAGGCAUUCCCAACAACUUUCCAUUCAAGGAACAAAUUCUUCAACAGAUUGCGGAUCAAAAAUUGAAAGCACAGGAAGAAAAGGAGAAGGCAAAGGAGGCUCGUAGGAAAGCGGCUGAGAAGGCUCGUAAAGCUAACAAGGCCAAGAAUAAUAACAAUAACAACAAUAGCAAUAGCAAUAACGAUAAUAGUAAAAAGACAAAGGCAGAGGGAACAGCAAGAGCAAAGAAUAAUACAGUAACAGAAGGUGUUCUUUCAAAGGCUGCUAAGCGUAAGGCAGCAGCAGCAGCAGCGUCAACAGAGGGAUCACCAGCGUCCAAGAAGAGUAAGACAAUGGUAUCCAAGAAGACUGCCAAGGAACCGGAGGAUGAGGUGGAGGAAGAGGAAGAGGAGGAUGAAGAUGCGCCUUAUGACUUUGCAGAACACUUUGCAACAAGUAAUGAUGCUGAGGAUGAUGAGGAUGAGGAUGAAGAAGAAGAUAAUGAUGAUGAUGAAGAAGAAGAAGAAGAAGAGGAUGGCGACGAUGAUGAGGAAGAGGAAGAGGAAGAGGAGGAUGAAUAGAGCUGUAAGCAUUUGGUUAGUCUGCAUAUGUAGUCCAUGUUUCAAUUACACAAUUAUACAUGCAUGCUUUUUUUUAUAUUGAAAGAAAGAAAAAAAUUGUCUGUGCGGUGGUGUAAAAGAGUCCCUGAAAUAAAAGAAAUCCAAUGGAAGGAGAG